GCUUCUUGCAUCCACGGCCCGGGCCCGGCCGAGCCGCGCGCGGGCCGGAGGAGGAGGUAAGGGGGAGCCGCUCCGGAGGGAGAAGGCGGGGAGGACGCCCCUGGCCCUGUCCGUGCCAACGCCGCCGCCCGCAGCCUGCUGGAGGCCCCUCCGGAGCACCCCAGCCCCGGAGCCUAGGAGCCUUGGAGCCUGCCCGAGCCUGCCCAACCCUGCUGCAGCGGCCUGGCUUUCCUUCCCCGCGCGCAGGGAGCGCCCCAUGAGCGCGCGGGGGCCCGGCUGAGCGGCCGGCGUGGGCUGGCACGGUGGAGCCGGGGCGCUGGGCGGACGGCGGCGGGGCGAUGGCCUCGCUGGACCUGCCGUACCGCUGCCCGCGCUGCGGGGAGCACAAGCGCUUCCGCAGCCUGUCGUCGUUGCGCGCUCACCUGGAGUACAGCCACACCUACGAGACGCUCUACAUCCUCUCCAAGACCAACAGCAUCUGCGACGGCACCGCCGCCGCCGCCUCGGCCUUCCCCCUGGCCCCCGAGCCCGCGGCCCUGCUGGCCGUGCCCGGUGCACGGCGCGAGGUCUUCGAGAGCACGUCGUUCCAGGGCAAGGAGCAGGCCACGGCGGGCACGGCGGGCGCGGCCCCGCACCUGCUGCACCACCACCAUCACCACGCGCCCUUGGCACACUUCCCCGGGGACCUGGUGCCCGCCGGCCUGCCGUGCGAGGAACUGGCCGAGCCGGGCCUCGUCCCCGCCGCCGCGCGCUACGCGCUCCGCGAGAUCGAGAUCCCUCUCGGGGAGUUGUUCGCGCGCAAGUCGGUGGCCUCGUCGGCCUGCUCCACGCCGCCCCCCGGCUCGGGCCCGGGCCCCGCGUCCGCCUCGCCCGCUUCGCCCUCGCCGGCCGACGUGGCCUACGAGGAGGGCCUGGCGCGCCUCAAGAUCCGCGCGCUGGAGAAGCUGGAGGUGGACCGGCGGUUGGAGCGGCUGAGCGAGGAGGUGGAGCAGAAGAUCGCCGGCCAGGUGGGCCGGUUGCAGGCCGAGCUGGAGCGCAAGGCGGCCGAGCUGGAGACGGCGCGCCAGGAGAGCGCGCGGCUGGGCCGCGAGAAGGAGGAGCUGGAGGAGCGCGCCUCCGAGUUGUCUCGCCAGGUGGACGUGAGCGUGGAGCUCUUGGCCUCGCUCAAGCAGGACCUGGUGCACAAGGAGCAGGAGCUGAGCCGCAAGCAGCAGGAGGUGGUACAGAUUGACCAGUUCCUGAAGGAGACAGCGGCCCGGGAGGCCAGUGCCAAGUUGCGGCUGCAGCAGUUCAUUGAGGAGCUCCUGGAACGGGCCGACCGGGCUGAGCGGCAGCUGCAGGUCAUCAGCAGCAGCUGUGGCAGCACGCCCAGUGCCAGCCUGGGCCGUGGAGGUGGGGGCAGUGCUGCUGGGCCAGGUGCCCGGGGUCCAGGCAGAAUGCGAGAGCACCAUGCGGGCACUGCUGUGCCAUACGCACUGGCACGGCACGGCUCCUCCCCUGGCACCGGGGCUUCCGGCCGCAACCCAACUGCCUCCCAGAGCUCAGUCUGUUACGACAGUGACAGCCUGGAGCUGCCCAGGCCAGAAGACACGACCCCAGAGGACAGUGGCCCAGGAGGCUUGGGCUCACGGGCUCAGGCUGCUAAUGGCAGCUCAGAGCGGGUACAGCCCCCACGAAGUUCUGGCUUGCGGCGCCAGGCCAUCCAGAACUGGCAGCGGAGACCCCGCCGGCACAGCACAGAGGGCGAGGAGGGGGAUGUCUCAGACGUGGGCUCCCGAACCACUGAAUCAGAGGCUGAGGGCCCCUCAGAGGCCCCCCGCUCGGGGCCUGCUGUGUCAGGGCCACUGAGCAGUCGGCUGUCAGCGCGGCCAGAGGGCAGCAGUGGGCGGGGCGCCCGGGCAGAGAGGGGCAGCCCCUCCCGCUCCAACGAGGUCAUCAGCCCAGAGAUCCUCAAGAUGCGGGCCGCGCUCUUCUGCAUCUUCACCUACCUGGACACCCGCACGCUGCUGCAUGCGGCUGAGGUCUGUCGCGACUGGCGCUUUGUGGCCCGCCACCCUGCUGUCUGGACCCGCGUGCUGCUGGAAAAUGCUCGAGUCUGCUCCAAGUUCCUGGCCAUGCUGUCUCAGUGGUGUACCCAAGCGCAUUCCCUGACCCUGCAGAACCUGAAGCCCCGGCAGCGGGGCAAGAAGGAGAGCAAAGAGGAGUAUGCCCGGAGCACCCGGGGCUGCCUGGAAGCAGGGCUGGAGUCCCUGCUGAAGGCGGCAGGGGGAAACCUGCUGAUCCUACGCAUCUCUCAUUGUCCCAACAUCCUCACUGACCGUUCACUCUGGCUGGCCAGCUGCUACUGCCGCGCCCUGCAGGCUGUCACCUACAGGAGUGCCACGGACCCUGUAGGCCACGAGGUCAUCUGGGCGCUUGGUGCAGGCUGCAGAGAAAUUGUCUCCCUCCAAGUGGCGCCACUUCAUCCCUGCCAGCAGCCCACGCGCUUCAGUAACCGUUGUCUGCAGAUGAUUGGUCGUUGUUGGCCUCACCUCCGGGCCCUGGGGGUUGGGGGUGCUGGCUGUGGGGUGCAGGGCCUGGCAUCACUUGCGAGAAACUGCAUGCGACUGCAGGUCCUGGAGCUGGACCACGUGUCGGAGAUCACCCAGGAGGUUGCGGCUGAGGUCUGCCGUGAAGGCCUGAAGGGGCUGGAGAUGCUCGUGCUCACAGCUACUCCUGUUACCCCCAAAGCCCUGCUGCAUUUCAACAGCAUCUGCCGGAACCUCAAGUCCAUCGUGGUCCAGAUUGGGAUCGCCGAUUAUUUCAAAGAGCCCAGCAGUCCUGAGGCACAGAAACUAUUCGAGGACAUGGUGACGAAACUUCAGGCCCUGCGGAGGAGGCCUGGCUUCUCGAAGAUCCUGCACGUCAAGGUGGAAGGUGGCUGCUAACCCCGGGAGGGGGCGGCAGUGCCCCUGCCAGCCCCAGACCCCACUUUCUCUUUGGACCUUCAGAGGGAACCUGAUGUGAACUAAUCAUCCCUGGCUGCCAGCAAAGGGUGGAUAGUCCCUGACCAUCUUCUGCAAUGUGGAGCACAGACCUCCCAUGGGCUCCAGGGACCCCAACCACAGUUGCCCUCUGACCCCAUGCCCAUGGAACAGCCUUGGGGCAUAGCCAGCAAGGAGUUUAGUCACCACCAGCACCUGGUGUCAGCGCUUGCCUGAGACUGCAAUAACCAUUGUCUCCUCAGCUGCUCAGGAUUGGGCUCCCAUGGCAGAGGGGUGGCAGGGAGUGGUAGGAGUGGGGGGCAUCUUGCUGGGCUCCAGCUAGGGGACACCAUAAGGUAAUUAGACUUGGCAGGGGCUCUGUCCUCCUUCCCUGUUCCCCCCUGAGACUAUGCUCCUGGGCUCUGGUCCAUGGUCUCCAAGGUUAACACCACUGUGUGGUCAGCUGAAAGUGGGGGGACAAAGAAUGAUGCGAUGAGGGAGCAGGCUCAGAAGAGAAGCAUGUCACCCGAUAAUUUCUCCCAGGGAUGGAAAGGGUCAGGUUGAGCAGUUAGUUGCACUGCUGGAGGGAAAACCCCUUCCCCUACCACCACCACCACCACCACCACCACCACCAGAGCAGCCCAGGGCUCCCUUCCAAGCAAGCAGGUGCCUCUGUGUUUCCCUCCAGUCCAGAGCCUCUGGUAGGUGCUGAGCAGCAGUUUAUGCCCUCAAGAACUGCCCAGCCCAGGUGCCGAGGCAGGAGUGCAGCCUCUGCAUCUUCAAGGCUGUAGAGGGAGUAACUGUAAUGCCCUGGGCCAUGUACAAGAAGGCUGGUUAGAACAAGGUGCCAGCCCUAUUGGGCCAAGGCAGAGCUUGGACCUGCCCUGCAAUAUCCCCUGGUUGUGUGGACUGGGCUGAAGACUGGGCUGUGGCCCACAGUGGACCUUUUCCACACCAGUGGACCUUUUUGCUGGCCCUCACCUGGUUUCCAAAGGCCCAGGCUGGCUCCAAAGACUCAGGUGUCCCCUGUUCCUUCUCUUGGAACUUCCACAGUAACGCAGUUGGUCCUGCCAAUCCUUCCUGGGGAAGCUCUUUGCAACUCCACCUAGAUUCCUGUUCAGAAUUCCUUCUCAACAGAAUUUGCUCUCAGCCCAAACCAUUCAGCAGCUCCUGGUCCUGGCUGAUGCUCCAGUUCUCAGUCCUUUCCAGGAACCCAACUUUCUGCCACAACCUGGUUUGGACACCAAAACCAGCCCUGAGUUACCCUGAGUCCUGCAUAGCCAGGAGCCCAAAGGCUCAGCUGUGGACCCAGCAACCUGAGUCCACAGCUGGCUGUCCUGGGUCUUCACUGUUGACUUUCCCUCCUGGGAUUGACACUUGGUUUUGCCUGUUGUAAACCCCAAUUACCAAGGCCACCAUGUUGUUAGCUCUCACCACUCCUGCACGAAGCCUUGGCUGUGUGGCACCCUUUCCCCAGAGCAGCUGACUGCAUCUCCAUCAGCUCCAUUUUCCCAGCCUGGUCCCUAGGAGCCAUGGGAAGAAGCACAACUUUUCUGUCUCCAGGACCUUCAGGAAAGGUGGAGGCCCAUUCACAGGAGCUGGUUGCUCAGGGCGAGCAUCUGCUUUGCCCUCCCACUCCACCCUUUCUAGCCCAUGCCCUACUGCCCCAAGAUCAGAGGUGCUGCCCUCCCGUUUCCUGGACAAAGCACAAAGGGAUGCCUGCCUGGUCUGACUCUGUCCACUGAGGCACUUUUUCUGUCGCAGGAAGCCAGGGUCCCUGAAUACAGGGGUUUGGGUAGUUUCUUCCAAGGUGAGUGCCAUAGGAAGCCCUGGCAUCAACCUUGGGAAGGAGUUCUAGACUCAUGGGCAGUGAGCCAGAGCAAGAGACAAUGCUGAAGGAUGAUUCCAGCAUGUUUUCCCUUGACACUGAGGGCAGAGUAUGUCAUUCAGAUUUGGCUUUUUCCAGGAAUUCAUCCCAUCCCCAGCCCUGCACUUUCCACCCAAGUAGGUAGGGUAUGUGGGAGUGUCUUGCAGACCUGACCCUCAUGCCCUGGCCUUCAUGCAUGCCUAGAAAACCAAGCAGUUUGCAAGCCCCUGCCCGCAUCCCUUUGCAUCUUCAGGAAUGAGCCCUGAUGUUGAGUGGGGAGCUUUUGUUUGCUAGAAUGUACCUACCAUUUGUUCCCUUGGGCAACCAUACAGCUACAGCUAAGAAUGGGGAACAGAUGAAGAACCCUGCUAUCUCGAAGCACCUCGCCACUCAUCCCAAGGGCUCUCAAUGAAAUGCAAAAGGAGCACUGCCCCACAGAAGAUGGCAGGCCUGUAGGGAACCCAGGCAGACUACCUCCUCUCCUGCCACCCAGCCUGACCCCAACACAUAGCAGGUGCAUAUUAGCUGGAGGACUCCAUGCUUUGUUCAGGCUGCCUCAUUGCAGCACUGGCAGAAAACAAAGGAAAUGCUGUUAACUCUCUGGAUUCCUGCAGGAGAGCAUUUGGGCUGCUCAGAAUUAAGGCCUUUUUCUGGCUCAAGAGGAUGGACCAUAGCAGCUCAUUUUUUUAGUGCCCCUAGAGUGGAUUUCAAGGCAGUUUAUUGGAAUUAAAAAGGGAGGGGCAUCCCCCUUCUUAGCUAUGAUUUAGCUUUGUCCUCUGCUGAUCCCCUGGUCCUGGUCUCCAGCCUCUGGGCCACUGAGGAUAUGGAGGUGAGUGCCCUAAACCCAAGUUCCUCUAAGGUACCUUAACUGAGCGACUAUUUGGUGCCAAAGACCCAGCUCCUGAUGGACUUGGAAUGAAAACACAAAUGGGUAUAGGGCUUAAGAGACCAGAGGAGUUAACCCUGACCGGUGAAGUUUGUGCCAGUCCAGCCUGUCAAACCCUGGUGCCUAUCCUCACCCUAAAGCCUGGCUCUUCUCUUCACCCCUGGUAGCUGUGUUCUUAGCCAACCUUGUCUUGGGCCUGCAUCUCUGUAUAUAUAGUUGAGUAAUGUGUGUAUGUAUUUAUUCCUGGACAAGUGUGUUCAUCUGCAGUCCUUUGAGGAUAAGGUCAAAAUGAGGUUACCAGGGCCAAUUAAGGCAACCAGCUCCUGGUCAGUUACAAGACCACCCCGACAAUCAGGCAGGCUCCCCUGCCACUGCCUGCAGGGCCCCAGGGAAGUGUGGCUUAGGGCUCUUGCAAUCAGGUGCCAAGGCCCCAGGAAACAUACUUGACUCACGGCUGGCACCAGUAGGCCACCUACUGAGCAAUGCUGCUAGGAACCGCUACUGGCCCUGCUCCAACUCCCCCCCCCCCCCCCCCCCCCCCCGCAGUGGGCAGGCUGCACCAGGCCUAGCCUGGAGGGGCACUUUCCCUCACCCCAAGCACAUCAGACAGAGGGGUGGAGAGCCUUUUUUUGUUUUGUUUCUGAAGUGGUGCCUGUACCUCCAGCCCCCAGGGGGCCUUCCCUGCCCCACUUCUCUCCCCACCCAGGCAUCACCAUCCCAGCACUUUGCUUCAUGUCACCUUCAGAUGCCCUUUGCCGAAUGUACCUGAGUUUAUGUACUUAAAAGGACUCACAUGGGCAUCGGAGAAUUUAUGGCUUUGUAUCUAAUAAAAGAUGGUGAAACUGGCCUA